AUGGGUAGGAAAAAGAUUCAGAUUCAGCGGAUCACCGAUGAAAGAAACAAGCAGGUGACAUUCACCAAACGUAAGUUCGGCCUGAUGAAGAAGGCGUACGAACUGAGCGUGCUGUGCGACUGUGAGAUCGCACUAAUCAUCUUCAACCACGCCAACAAGCUCUUCCAGUACGCUAGCACCGACAUGGACAAGGUGCUGCUCAAGUACACGGAGUACAACGAGCCUCACGAGAGCCGCACCAACGCCGACAUCAUAGAGACUUUGCGAAAGAAAGGCUUUAACGGUUGUGACAGUCCCGAGCCUGACGGCGAAGACUCCAUCGAUCAGAGUCCCUUGAAUGACGACAAGUUCCGCAAGACCACAGAGGACCUAGAUGUUCUCUUUAAGCGCUACGGACAGUCCACGGCUCCGCCACAGACCUUCACCAUGCCCAUCACAGUGCAGGCGUCCAAUCCUAGCCCGCUGCAGUUCAGCAACCCCGGUAACGCGUUGGUAACUACCUCCUACGUGACGGCGUCGUCUCUCGCCGACACCCACCUGCUGUCGCCACAGCAACCGGCUCCUCCGAGAAACACAGUGUCUCCCGGGUUGCCACAGCGACCGGCCAGUGCAGGCGCUCUUCUGGGAGGCGACAUAAAUAAUUCAAAUGGCGGAUGUCCAAGUCCAGUCCCUAACGGCUACACCAGCGCCAGGGCCUCGCCAGGGCUCCUCUCAGUCUCCAACGGCAACAGUCUGGGCAAGGCGGCCCCGGCCAAGUCGCCACCGCCGCCGGCCGCCAGCCCCCAGAUGGUUAGCAGCCGCAAGCCGGACCUCCGCGUCAUCACCUCUCAGGGCGGGAAGAGCCUCAUGCAGAUGACAGAGGAUGAGCUGGAGUUGGUAAACGAGAACGCCCAACGCUUGGCAGUUGGUGCUCAGGUGGCCCAGACCCUGACCACGCCUGUGGUGUCUGUGGCCACGCCUAGCUUACUGGCGCAGGGGCUGCCCUUCUCAGCCAUGCCGACGGCAUACAACACAGAGUACCAGCUGACGAGCGCCGACAUCACGGCGCUUCACGCCCUGGCGUCUCCCGGCGGCUUACUGCCCACCAGCGUGGCGACGUGGCAGCCGCAGCAGCAGCCCGUUGUCUCGCAGCAACCGCAGCAGCAAACGCAACAGCAGCAAAUCAAUCUGGCGUCGCUCAGCAACUUGGUCAUGUGGGGCGUGGACAAACAGAGCAGCGAGCUGUCUAGCCAGGUGUCCAGUCUGGCCGCCAAUCUGAGUCUGGGCUCUUCGUCCAACCUGCUCUUGGGUAGAGAUGAGUGGUUGGGCCGGCCUGUGGCGCACAUACCUCAAGGCGCCAUGUUGACGGUAAACACCAGCAGCGGCAUCAGCAUCAAGUCGGAGCCAGUGUCGCCUGGCCGGGACCGCAGCACCCCUUGCCCUCCGCCAGCGCCGCCGCCCCCGUCCUCGGGCGCCACCCUGGCGGCGCCGCCCCAAUAUCCUGGCUCGCUUCUGUGCCUGGAGCCCCCCACGGGACGCUCGCCCGCUGACAGUGUGAGCAGCAACGCCAGCUCUUUCGAAGGCAGUGACCGCGAAGAUACGGGCGGCGGCGGUGGCCCGAACAACACCACCACAACCACCAUGGUCACGGCCGCCGCGGGGAACGUCGGGCAGGGCCGCUCUGACUUCAGUUCCUCGCCGGAGCAAGAAGGGGGCAACAUCAAGAGGAUGAGAUUGGACGCCUGGGUCACCUAA